UAACAUAACUAUGUAAGAUUUAUAGAUAUAUAAUCAUUUAUACUUUAUAUGAAUAGACUUUAUACUAAUUAAGCACGAUUGAUGCGUUAGCUAGUUUCCGUUUUUAUAAACCACUUCCAGGAAUAGGUUAGUUACAUUAUAUAUGGAGUAAUUAUUUUCAUACAAAUUACCGUAGAUAUAUUGAUAAUAUGUAUAACUAUAUAUAUGGACAUUUUGAUCCGUUGAUCGUAUAUAUAUUUCGGUAUUUAGUAAAACAUAAGGUGGUUAACCAAAAAAAAGAUGUAAAACAUACGGUUAAUCAUUUACAUUGUGUAAAUUACUUAGUUCUUCAUAUAUAUCGAAUAUUUAUACGUGCGAUGAUCUAUACUUCAUUUUAUGUUAAUUCGAAUACGUAUAUAUAAUAAAUAUAUAUAUGACUGAUUGGCUAUUCAUUUAGUUACAUCUUUUUGUUUUGUUGUUGUGCCAUCGAUUCGUGUAUGAAGUUUUGUCUUCAACAUAAAUAUGUUGAAAUGCAUCGUUGAUGAGGGACACAUAACACAUACGAAACCAAUCAUAAAAUAAUUUAUUCUCAUACGCUAAACACUUGCCCUAGCCACGUGUUCAAAUCCUUACUUUCCUCUUCUAUCUCUCAUACUUUCAAACUUUCAGCAUAUAACUCUUUUUUCCCAUCUAAUUUUAUACAUCAAAACACCAUAAAUGAACAGCUAAACUACUAACCCUACCGGAGAGAUAGAGAGAUGAAGACAGACUACGGAAAGCAGCGGGAAGCUUCUGCUUGCGAUGAUGUUACGGAUCAACACAAGACCGUUGUAAGCAGGAUAAUGCAACGGUUCCGUCCAAUCGCACCAAAACCACCUGUCGGCGAAUCUUCUGACGACACAAAGAGUUGCAGAUUCCUCCGAAGAAACCGAAGAUUUAAACGAAAGUAUGUUAGGGUUCGGAAUAAAAACAUUAGUAGUGGUAGAAGUAAUAAUAAUAAAGAUAUGAUAUGUAGUAAUAAGAAAGCUUGCGGCGAUGGAGAGAAGAUAAAGACGGAUCUUGAUGAAGAGAUAGGCGGUGAGGAUAAGAGCGAUAUCGUCACACUUCAGUUGCUUCCGGAUAAGGAUAAAGAUCAUCAAGCUGGUAAGGAUAAUACGGAUCCGAGUGAUAUGGAUCCAAAAACGAGUUUAAAUAUAUCAUCAUCUUUAGAUCGGACGGUGGUGGAGUCGUGGUUGACGGUAGAGUGUGUUAAUAACACAUGUACUGAACUGGGAGGGUAUCACAAGCUACAGCUAAGCCGUAUGAAUGAGGGGGAGGAGAUAGUGAUGAGGAUGCUGUAUUUUGACACGUGUCCUUGGUUAGUUUCUGAUGGAUCAAACCGGGUCUAUUGGAUCAACCGGGCGUACCGGAAUAUGUUGGGAGAUCCGAAGGCAGAGGUGACUAUCAAAGUAUGGCUGGUGGUGGCGACGGACCUUAUGGAAGAGAUGUCGUGCAUGGUGGAGUCGUACGGUGCGGUAACAUGCAGGGUUAGGGUUCGGUAUGAUACGUCGACGUGGAGGAAUGAGAAGAGUCACUCGGAGUCAGAAGUGAAGAUGACUGUGCCGUGUGAUGUAUGGAGGAUGGGAUCAUCAGGUGGGUUGGCUUGGAGAUUAGAUGUUGAAUCAGCUCUAACACUUGGAAGGUAUAACUGAAAACAGAACCACUGGUAAGCAACAUUACCCUAUGAAAGCAACUUAUAUAUAUGCAUGCAUGUAUAUAUACUAACUUAGACUUGUGAUUAAUUUUCGUCAGAGUUUUAUCCAGCUCCGGCUUUUAGUACUAUUGUAUGAGAAGAUCUGAACCAUGGAUUAAUUAUCUUAUUUUCUUGUUCCAAAUAUACUGGAUGGUGUUUUUUUUUUGACAAAGGGCUUGCUGGAUGGUGGUACUUUGAUAUAAUUAUCUUUUCAUAUAACUAUGGCGUGUAAAGAAAAUGUGUAGGCAAGAGCUGUUUUCCUGGUUUCUGCCUUGGUAUGGCGUGGUGGUUCAUUGGUUGUCAUCGUGAACUUGUGUUUCAGAUGAGAUUGUUGUAGUUAGGGUGUGGUCAUCGUGAACAUGCGGUUCAGACGAGGUCUCUGUUCUUCACGAAAAAACCUUCUACGUUGCGUGUUCUUGUGCUUAGUUCAUUGCAAGUUCUCCGGCUAGUCAUAGUCUUUGUUAAGUCACUGCUCUUAUAUCUUUUGAGUGUUUGGUUCUGGGUGUUUUGAAAGGAGCAUUAGGAUUCGUUUUAUAUUUCAAUGUUGGUAUGUGACCCGUAUGUUUGGGUUCUUGCUCCCCUUUGGUCAUGUUGGGGUUAAGUUUCCGGGGAUGGUUAUGUGUUC